ACCAAUAAACAUUCCUCCAAAUUUUCACAACUUUACAAAAAGAAAUGCACCAUUAACCAACGGAACCACAUUCUUUCUAUCAUGUUCAUCAAAUUCGAUGUAACAAACAUUUUUUUUUAAUUCUUUAUAUAAAGUUGUGACUUGUGAUUAAGGCUUGUGUCAAGUGUUUUCUUGAAGAUAAUGGCCAUGGUUACAAGGGUGGUUGCUGAAAAGCCUGUGGUUAUAUUCAGUAAAACUUCUUGUUGCAUGUGUCACACCAUUAAAACUUUGAUUAAUAGCUUUGGGUCAAAUCCUGUGGUUUAUGAGAUAGAUGAACAUCCUAAUGGGAAGCAACUCGAAGAUGAGCUGAAAGCACUAGGAUGUAAGCCAAGUGUACCAGUUGUGUUUAUAGGGCAACAACUGUUAGGUGGUUCAAAUGAGAUCAUGCCACUCCAUCUCAAAGGGAAACUAGCCCAUCUACUGAAAAGUUAAAGGUAAUUGCUAUAUGAAGUAACAGUGUCUUGUUUACAAUGUCAGAAACUAUUAUUUAUGGGGGGUGUUUUGGCAGAUGUUAGCCUAUAAAAUCCCUCUACUGUGUUCCUAAUUGCUAUAUGUAUCAAGAACAUUUAAAAAUGUAUCCAUGUCAAUUUCAUUUCAGGCCUUACAUAAUCUUUCAAUCAAUCGGUUUAAAAAAUGAACAACAGUGAUUAGAAAGCAUAAUAAUAAAGACAUACAACUGAGCAUUGGUAGCAAGAAUCAUCUACAGGCAGAAUAAAGGAUGAUGAGAGCUUACUAUUAUUCUUUGCAUCAGAAAAUAUGAACAAAUGAUAUGUCUUUAAUUGAUAUAAUCUUUCAAAAGAGGCCUAUUUCUUUCUAUGAUUGCAUUCCUCUUCCAAUUCUCUACUGCUUUUUUAACAGUAGAAUUGGCUUUUGCAAUCUCCUCAGCAGAAAACUUGUGCUCUAUAAUCCCUAAAGGUCCAGGUUGGAGUACUUUGACCACAGUCUCCAUCUCAUGCUCAACCUGCCU